AUGCCCUUCACUCCCGUCCCAGAUUCAUCGUCCUGCAGCUCCUCUUCCAUCUCCGAUCUGCUGCCAUACCACUACCACACCAUGGAUAGCCAAACUCCACUGCAUAACCCGCUGCGAAGAAACCUUCUAAAGUGACUAAGUGAUCGAUCUCCUUGUCCUGAAAGGCUGAAACCUAAGGCGAGAGAGGCCACGGGAGAGCGCCAUGGUUCUCCUGCUCCUGGGCUGCUCUCCUGCAUCGUCGCGCCCAGACUGCUCUCCAGCUUCCAGGAGAAGAUGCAGCACCGCCGGACAGAAAAUGGUCAGGUGCUCUCUGAAUGAAGAAACGCAGCUGAACAAACAUGGACUAGUAUCCAAGCAGUUAAUUUCAUGCCUUGCUGCUUCGCUUGUGUUCGUCUCUCCACCUAGUCAGGCUAUUCCUGCAGAAACCUUUGCCCGUCCAGGCUUGUGCCAGAUUGCAACAGUGGCAGCCAUUGACAGUGCUUCAGUUCCUCUGAAGUUUGACAACCCUUCAGAUGAUGUCAGCACAGGGAUGAUGAUGAGGGGUAUGACCGCCAAAAACUUCGAUCCAGUUCGCUACUCUGGUAGAUGGUUUGAGGUAGCCUCGUUGAAACGUGGAUUUGCUGGUCAGGGACAAGAAGACUGUCACUGUACUCAGGGAGUGUAUUCUUUUGAUGAGAAGGCACGCUCAAUCCAGGUGGAUACAUUCUGUGUCCACGGUGGACCUGAUGGAUACAUCACCGGCAUUCGGGGCAGGGUGCAAUGCCUAUCUGAAGAGGACAUUGCAAGUGCUGAGACAGAUCUUGAGAGGCAGGAGAUGGUCCGUGGGAAAUGCUUUCUCCGGUUCCCCACACUGCCAUUCAUACCCAAGGAACCCUAUGAUGUCCUUGCAACAGACUAUGACAAUUAUGCAAUUGUGUCUGGAGCUAAGGAUACAAGCUUUAUUCAGAUAUACUCAAGAACACCCAACCCCGGGCCAGAAUUCAUUGACAAGUACAAGUCUUAUGUUGCCAACUUCGGCUAUGACCCAAGCAAGAUCAAGGACACUCCUCAAGACUGCGAGUACAUGUCCUCAGACCAGAUUGCGCUGAUGAUGUCGAUGCCCGGGAUGAAUGAGGCCUUGACGAAUCAGUUCCCAGACCUCAAGCUAAAGGCACCGGUCGCACUUAACCCAUUCACAAGCGUGUUUGAUACCCUGAAGAAGUUGCUUGAACUGUACUUCAAGUAAAAAACAGUGUAGCAUUGUCCAGUAGCCAAUAGCCAAUUGCCCAACUUCUCGACUUGGAUCUUCAAUGGAAUGAAGUUCAGUUUAUUCUGACGUUUGCUAGUCAGUUAGUUCUUUUUAAGUACAUUGUUUUUUUGUCUAUUAUAUAAGAGUGGGAUAUGUAAGAUUAAGAUCUGUUCAGCUGUUCUCGGUUACUGUUUGUACAAUUGUUCUUUUUCC